GACUGACUGUCUGUUUGUUAAGAGUCGUUACAUUUCAGAGUAAGAGUUGACUGUCUGUCUGUCUGAUUGACUGUUUGUAUGGUUAUGUGUUUCACCUCCUCUUAUACUAGUAGUUCAAACAGUGAUUGUCAACAACGACAACAACAACAUUAUUAGUUAUUAGUAGUGAACCAAAUCAAAGAAGUCAAACAACAAACAACAGAAAAACUUCAACCAAACAAAACAACAGUCCUUUGCUUUUGUGUGAAGAAAUCCAUUGCCAUUGGAAAAGACACGGUGUGUCUGUGUCUGGGGAUUCAUUUGAUUAUUGACUUGUUGUCUAUUGUUUUACUAUAUGAUCACAUCACCGAUUACCUGAUCCAUCACACCAACAGCAACAAUGUCUAACAACACGCCCACCACUACCACCAUCGAUGGUGGCGGCGGAGGCGGUGGUGUCGGUGUCAACGAACAAAUGCUGAACGUAUUCAAGAGUUUCCUACAGACAUAUGUACCGAAACCGGUUGCCGAUCAGCAACAACAGUCAAGAGUGUCUUCCGGAGGAGGUAUUGGUGGCCACCAUCACCAUCAAGACCUAUCCAAAUGUGAUAAUCCAUUGGAAACUGUAGUCUUACGCAAUCGUCAAUCAACUGAUACCUGUCUGUUCUCUGAACAUACCAUCAGUCCCAAUGAUGUCGAACCCGAAGUUUUCGAUUGGAUCUAUUAUAACUUGGACUACAAGAAGUGUCCCUAUCCGUUGGCCUUUGCAUUGGCCUCAAUAGUGUCCCGAAAGUUAGGUUUGGCCGAAACGACCCGAGAAUCUCAAGAGGAGUCGUCGUCAUCAUCAUCAUCGGUGACAGCAAUCAAAAACAUCGAUAACUCUAAGCCAGCUCUCUCAUCAAAUGACUUAUACUCGCAAUCGUUGGAAUACUUAACCGAAUACAUCAAUCUCUGGAAGGAUAAGCCCGAGUUGGCCGUCGAAAUAGCCGAAGAAUAUUCCAAACAGCCGUUCCCACUGUCCAUCUGCGCCAUCAAAAAUACCAGACGAAAGAUGGAGGACAGACAUGUCAUAUUGCAUGACCUGAACAAAGCACUUAAUCUAAAGGUUUCCAAACUAUACAGUUAUUAUGCAAUAUUCGAUGGUCACGCCGGUGUGGACGCGGCCAGCUAUCUGUCCGCUCAUUUGCACCAUAACCUGGUCAAUACACAGGCCUUUGCCGACGGCGAUAUUGUCGGCGCCUUCAAAGAAGCCUUUUCCCUAACCGAUCUAUACUAUUUGGAACGAUCGGCCCGGGAGUCCCGAAAAGCCGGUUCGACCGCCCUGUGCGCCCUAUUGGAAGAUCGGCGCAAACUAUACGUUACCUGGCUGGGCGACUCCCAAGCCUUGCUGGUCAAGGAUGGUCGACCCAUCGACAUAAUGGUACCGCACAAACCCGAACACGACAUCGAACGCAAACGUAUCGAAGAGUUGGGCGGUUUUGUAGCCUAUGUCGACACUUGGCGUGUGAACGGAACGCUAGCCGUUUCCCGGGCUAUCGGCGAUCCCGAACACAAACCGUAUGUAAGCUCGGAACCCGAUGUCGUCGAAUUGGACAUUACCGAUGGGGCCGCCGACUUUCUGAUACUGGCCUGCGAUGGAUUAUGGGAUCAGCUAACCCCAGAAGAAGCGACAACCAUUGUCUACCAAUAUGUCUGCCAGAAUGCCGACCAAAAUACCGAAGAAAUUGCCGAAAAUAUUUCCACAUAUUUAUCGAAAGCGGCCAAAGAUGACGGUUCCAGUGAUAACAUAACAACAAUUGUCAUAUUUUUCAAAGAUGUCGAACAAUUGCGAGCCACACCAUUCGAGCCGUUAUCGCCGCGCGAAAAAUUGGCCACUAAUGGCGACGGUGGUCUGUAUACGGGUAAUGGAUUUCAGUUUAACGAUUCCCAAUACGAACAGAUGAUUAAAAAUAAUGGUAACAACAAUCCGUUUGAUGGCAUUAAUGCAAAUCUAGGCGACAGUGGUAUCAGUUGGUCGACCAAUAAUUCGCAGGACAUGAACACUGCCCGUAUCGACGACUUUGAUCUAACCGGCAGUACUACUACUGACUCGUUUGAAAACAAUUUGAAUAAUAAUAAUAAUUUUAUUAAUAAUGAAUUGUCUAAUGGAGACCAACAACACCUGAACUCUGAUCCCAACUCAAGCCUUAAUAUCAAUCCGUUUACUACUAAUACUAGUAAUAAUAGUAAUACUAUAACUCAUGACGACUCCUACGCCCACUUGGAUUUCAAUGCCAAUACUACUACUACUACUGCUAUUGCAGACAAAGUUGACUUAGAUUUGUUUGAAACUACUUCAGCCAACAAUACUAAUACUAAUAAUACUAAUAAUGACUUAUUGUUAUUAUCGAGAAAUGAUGAGUCAAACAACAGCACCGCCACCAGUGGUCCAAACAUUAUUGGUUCGUCUACUGAGACAUCGCAACAGCAAUCGAUGGCAGCGACGAUUGUUAACAACUUGUCUGACAUUGACUCCUCAGAGUCGUUCAGUAUAUCAAAGUUAUCGGACAUACUAUCGUCAACGUUCGAUACCAUACCUGAGCCAUCAUCCACUGUAGGCAAUCUAAAUAGCAAUCAAUUACACGCCCUUUGUUCGACACCAAUAGUAGUAACAACUGGCGAUUCAUUAGAUCUGAGUUCAAUAACUGGUGAUCCAAAUCUGACAUUUGAUUCGAUGGUUCAUUCUGUACAAGAUUUGAACGACGAUAUACUAGUCGUCCAGUCAUCCAAUGAGUCUCGAGUCUCAACUAAUAGUAGUAGCGAUGACCAGAAAUCAAACAACGAAUCCAAUAACAACAAUAACAACAUCAGUGGUGGUGGUGGUGUGGAUCAAACAGAUUUUAUCAAUCAAUCCAUUAAAACAGACUAUUCGUUUGUGUCGGCUCAAGAGGAACAACAAGAUUUGAGCACCAGUUUCGACAAAAGCGGUUACACGACUGCCUACGAACAGGAUAUUGAAAAAUGUCUCGAAGAACUGGACCAAGAAGAAGAAGAAGAAGGAGACAUAACUCCCGUACAGACGCCGGUCAAGUCGCCCGAUGUUUCACCGACAGAAUUAGAUGAUUUCGUAGUACUCGGCAAUGAUGGUGACGAUGAUAAUGUUGUCGCUGAUAAUCACAUUAAUACCAACUUUAACAACAGCAAUGAUAGCAACAAUCAGGACCUAAACGAUGUCAGUUCGGGUGCCGAAAGUGUCGAUUCGUUUAUCUACGAAAAGAUUAGUUCGGAUAUGCGUGCAAUUACUAACCGAAUUACCAAUGAUGCCGAAAAUGAAUACCAUUAUCAACAACAACAACAACAACAAGAUAUCGAAUCAUUUGAUGCCGAGUUUGUUCAGCAACAACAACAACAACAAAUCGGUGACAAUAAUAAUAAACAGCAAGAAUUUAAUGAUGAGUUGGUUACGGCUGCUGCUGCUGUUGAUGCUGACAAUGAGAUAAUGAUCACCAAACAGGCUCUAAUGGCUGAACAUAUGAGUCCAGAAGCUGAUGAAGUUAUUAGACAAUUAUCUGAGUCGGCGACGACUGAAGAGUUGACAAACGAUUGGACACCGACUGAAGAGUCGACGAACGAUAGGACACCGACUGAGGAAAUACCACAAGAAAUUGGCGCCAAUGAAGCAAUUUCUAUGACCACCACUACUGAAUCUAUUUUACAAGAAGAAGCUGUUGUUGAAAAUCUAGAAAUUGAUUCGGCGUUUGUCAAUAAGUUAGAAGACAUUAACACAAUCGCUGUCGAUGUAGAAGUCGAAGAAGACAACAUAAUACCUAUACAGACACCGAUUAAGUCGCCAAUAGUUUCGCCACAAGAAUUUGAUAAAGUUAUCGAUGAUUUUGAUGAUAAUGAUAACAACAAUCAGACGGAAAACAUACAUAAUGUCAGCUUUGGUACCGAAAGUGUCGAACCGUUUGAUGCCGAGUUUGUUCAGCAACAACAACAACAACAACAAAUUGGUGACAAUAAUAAUAAACAAGAAUUUAAUGAUGAGUUGGUUACUGCUGCCGAUGUUGACGCUGACAAUGAGAUGAUGAUCACCAAACAGGCGCUAAUGGCUGAACAUAUGAGUCCAGAAGAAGCUGAUGAAGUUAUUAGACAAUUAUCGGAGUCGACGACUGAAGAGUCGACGAACGAUUGGACACCUACUGAGGAAAUACCACAAGAAAUUGGCGCUAAUGAAGCAAUUUCUGUGACCAUCACUACUGAAUCUAUUUUACAAGAAGAAGCUGUUGUUGAAAAUCUAGAAAUUGAUUCGGCGUUUGUCAAUAAGUUAGAAGACAUUAACACAAUCGCUGUCGAUGUAGAAGUCGAAGAUGACAACAUAACACCGAUACAGACACCGAUUAAGUCGCCAAUAGUUUCGCCACAAGAAUUUGAUAAAGUUAUCGACGAUCAGACGGAAGACAUACAUAAUGUCAGCUUUGGUACCGAAAGUGUCGAAUCGUUUAUUAUUAAUAAUAACGAAAAGUCUACCGAUAAUAACCAGUCUGAAGAUAUCGGAACAGUUAUCAAUGACAUUGAAAAUGACUACCAUUUUCAUCAACAACAACAGGAUAUCAGUGGUGGUGGUUGUGGUGGUGUAUUGGAUGCCAAGUUUGAUGAACAAGAAAUUGGUGACAAUAAUUUGGUGGUGACUAAACAAGAAUUCAAUGUUGACGAUGAAGACGAGUUGGCUUCUGCUUAUAAUGAGAUGCGAUUAGUCAAAGAGGCACUUAAGGCUGAAGAAGCGAUAAAACAAUUAUCGGCGGCGACGGCUUCGACUGUAGAGGAGACGAUUAAGACUUCGGCUGUGACUGAUUUCAUACAAGAAUUUGGUGGUAACAGUGAAGAAGCAGCAAUUUCUACGAUCAAUGAAGACAACAACAUGUUUUUACAACAACAACAACAACAAGAAGAAGAAUCUGUUGUUGAAAAGCAACCAGAGAUCGAUACUGUAGUUGAAGUAGUCGUUGACAACAUAUCAUUACCGUCGUUACAGAUGCCCGACAUGUAUACUAUUACUACUACUACUACUACUGAAGUAUCACCACAAGAAUCUACUCCCAAUGUUGAGCCACAAGAAGCUCCUGUUGUUGUUGUUGUUGAUGAUGUUGUCGUCGCUGAAAAACCAGAAAUUGAAGCUAUCAUUAAAGCCGAAGACAUCAUUGUUCCACAUAUAGCUCCUGUAGUCGAAAAAGUAGCCAACAAAACAUCUGCGGCGUCGGCGGCACCGGUAGCCAGCAAAACGGUACCAUCAUCGAAAGCACCAGUAGCUGGUUCUAAGCCAUCGGCAAAAACCACUGCCACUUCUCGUACCGCCACCACAUCCAGUCGUACCGCUACUACUACUGCUACCAGUAAAACGUCUACAAGUCGUCUGAUGACAAAUGGUACGAAACCUUCGGCCACAAGUACUACUACUACUACUAGCAGAUCCACUUUGACGACUAAUGCACAGAAAUCUUCUAAACCGUUGACCACCGCUACGGCAAAGGCUGACCCGAAACCGGCUGCCAAACCAUUGUCGUCGUCGACUACUAGAUCUGCUGUCACAUCAAAGGUUACGCCUGUUAAUGGCACGCGAACUGCUGCUUCUAAACCAACUUCAGCAACAGCAACGACACGGCCAGCGACCACAUCGACGAGUAGAGUUGGACUUAAAACGACACCGUCGACUACCGCUUCGGCUAAACCGACAUCGGCGAAACCUACCACUACAUCGACUGUUCAAAGUAGAGUUGGCCUUAAAUCUGCCGCUGCAGCGCCUAAACCGGCUUCAGCGAGACCUACGACCACAACCACAUCGACUAAUCAAAGUACUGUUGGCCUCAAAUCAUCGGCGGCUGCAACCAAAGCUAGACCAGCUGUUGGCACAGUUACUCGCAAGCCGUUAUCGACAACAACUACUGCGACCGCAAAGAGUACCACCACUGAUAAGCCGGCCACCAAAGCGACGGCAUCGGCUGCCACUCGAACUGGUAGUACAGCUGCGGCCGCAAGAUUGACUUCCGCUAGUCGUCUCAACACUACAACUACUGGACGAACUGCUACAUCGACUACAAGUAGAACUACCGGUUCGGCUACCGCUAGAACUACCAGUAGUACUCUCUCAUCGACCAACAGAUCUGCAACAACGACAACACACUCGAAAGUCGGAGUCAAGCCGUCACCGAAGUCAACCGCCACCACCACCACCACUGCGAACAACAAGCCAACAGCUGUUCCCAAGACAAAUGGUCAUUCGACUCCAACUGCUGUAACCCCCACCACCAACACCACCACUACUACUACCAAACCGGUUACGCCUAAACAUACGAAUCGUCUGAAAGUUGAAAACUCGUUGCAACAGGAGAUGGAAGACGCCCUCAAUUUGCAAUCAAACGAAGCAAAAGUGAUGUCUAUGUCGAUGACUAUGACCACUACCGGUACUAUCGGUACGACUCCCGCCGCCGACUCGGAGACCAUCAACAACUUUUUGAACAGUUCGCAAACAUUUGAUUCAUUGAUAGCUCCAGUAGUCGUCAACAACAACAACAACAAUAUAAACACUGAUUCUUCCGAUGCAAACAAUUGAUUAUUAAAAAAAAGAGUUUUUAUAUAAAUAUAUAUUUUUUUGUUUUUGAUUUAUUAUUAUUAUUAU